AUGUGGGUACUGGGCCGAGAAACGGUGCUGCCGGCAGAGGGCGCCGCGCGCUCGAGCCUGGCGCCCCCGCCGCCGCCGCCGCCGCCGCCCAAGGAGUCCUUCUACAUCAAGAACCUGCUCAACGGCGACCACCCGCCCAAGGCGCCCCCCAAGCAGCCCCGCGCCCUCUUCGCGCCCGCCGCCAAGGGCAGCCUGGACGGCGCCGGCUUCGCGCUGUCGCAGGUGGGCGAGCUGGCCUUCCCGCGCUUCGACAUCCCCGCGCCGCGCUUCGCCCUCACGGCGCACUGCCUGGAGCGCUCGCAGACCUGGUGGUACCCCUACGCCCUGGCGCCGGCCGGCGGACACCUGCCCAGGCCCGAAGCCGCAGAGAAGUCGCUCCUGCGGGACUCGUCCCCCGCCUCGGGCACGGACCGCGACUCGCCCGAGCCGCUGCUGAAGGCGGCCGCGGAGCACAAGGAGCUGGACUCGAAGAGCCCCGACGAGAUCGUGCUGGAGGAGAGCGACGCGGAGGAGGCCAAGAAGGAGGAGGGCGGCGAGGAGUGGAAGAAGCGCGAGGGCAGCCCCGAGAAGAAGCCGUGCCGCAAGAAGAAGACGCGCACCGUCUUCUCCCGCAGCCAGGUCUUCCAGCUCGAGUCCACCUUUGACAUGAAGCGCUACCUGAGCAGCUCGGAGCGCGCCGGCCUGGCCGCCUCGCUGCACCUCACAGAGACCCAGGUCAAGAUCUGGUUCCAGAACCGGCGCAACAAGUGGAAGCGGCAGCUGGCGGCCGAGCUGGAGGCGGCCAACCUGAGCCACGCCGCGGCGCAGCGCAUCGUCCGCGUGCCCAUCCUGUACCACGAGAACUCCGGCGCCGAGGCCGGCAGCGCGGCGGGCAGCGCGCCCGUGAGCCAGCCCCUGCUCACCUUCCCGCACCCCGUCUACUACUCCCACCCCGUGGUCACAUCCGUGCCGCUCCUGCGGCCGGUCUGAGGACGCCCCC